GUGAGAAGUGGUGGAGCAGAGGUGACCUCAAUGCUUGCUCAAGCUGCCAAUGCAACAAAGGUGCUGCGUUCGGAGGCCCCAGGCCUCUGCAGACGGCGCCGAGUUUCAGGGCCCCAGCCUUGGAACGGGACAAGCAGCGGCAGAAGGCAGCGGUCGCCAACUAUGCAGUCGAGAGGGACAAGCAGCUUAAGGCCAAGGACCUUGAGAUUGCCAAGCUUUGUGAGCAAGUUUUGGCGGCAACGAAUGGGCAGGCAGUGGACACGGACACCAGUGACAAGACCGACACCGACCAGAAGCGCCUCAAUGAGAUCAGCCAGACCCUCCGAGCGCUGGGCAACCUCACUGAGCCUGCUGUAGUGGCGGCGCGAGAGUCAUUGGAAGCUGAGCGAAUGGCGAUCAAGUCCAAGACCGUCAGCAGCAAGCCGCACUCCGCCCAGAUGCACCACUACAACACUCGCAUUGGUGAGCUGCUCAAGAGCAGGUUGCAGCAGAUCGAAGGCGUCAAGAAAUCUAUUCAUACACUGGCUACUGACACCACUGAGCUGGAGCACCAGCGGUUCGCGGUCUCGGCACAGCUGCCGACGCCUCUCCCAGAAUCGUACUCGCUCAAGACCAUGGUGCCUGCCCUGGACCUGCCCGUUGACAAGCUCGGCCAGCUUUUCGAAUCCGCAGGGGCAGACGCCACUCUCCUGGACCAAGCCAAGUCCACUUUCGAGGACCCGACCGUGCUGCUAAACAAGAUGAAGCUGUGCGUGUUCCUGUGCCAAUGGAUACUGGUGACAUUGGCAGCUUGCGUCAAGUCUUUCAGGCGUGCACUGAUGAAGAGCCCCCUGAGGACGAUGACCAGGUGCGUGAGAUGUGCAAGCGAUAUGCUGAAGCUGCUGAAGCACUGGCCAAGCGGCGCAAGACACAAUAAGGGCUGGGUCAAUCGACCUCAGCUCUAUCUCCUCCACAUGUUGAGCUCGAUGCAGCUCUGGAAAAAAAAAACGUAUGUCAACGACGAAGUGCACACGGAGUUUGCCGCGAACGACGUGUGCCAGUACGAGGUUUACUACAGCCUCGACCCAGCCGCGGUCAAAAC